AUGAUCCUUGUUGCACACCCUGAGAAGGCCAAGCCGCAGAGCGAGAAGGAGGAGAUGGAUGCACGUUACAAGCCAGGGGAUAAGGUGCUUCCAGAGCUAAAGUUCCCGAGGCGCACGGCCGAGCAGCUGAGACUGGAGGAGCGGGACAGGCAGCUCAUCGAUGAGGUACGGCAGAUGAGCCUGCGUGAGGCAGUGAACGAGUUGCGGCGACGGGCCGAGCAGGCGGCAAGGCUGUCGUCUGACACGGUCGACUCCCGGUCUGGGUACAGCCGAACUAGCAGCAGUGGAUCUAGGCGGACAAGCGAUGAGACUCUGGAGAGGCAGAGACGUCAGAUCGAGCACCAGUCAUCGCUUCGAUCACUGAUCAGCUCGUCAGACGCGGCGGAUAUCGACAUAGAGCGGGAGGUCGAGGAGUUUGCCCGGCAGAUCCAAGAAGAAGGCCUACUGGAUGGGCUGGAUCUCGACAACAUCGACCUCACGAACAACGACGAACUAAGUCGCAGGAUCACGGAGGCCUACCGACGUCGACAGCGGGACAGGGAGAGACAGCGGCGCGAGGCGCGGGAGAGGAGCCGUGCCGUUUCACGGCAUUCCUACAGUGGGCCGGCCGAAGCCCCAUCUCACGAAAGAAGCACCUCGGACUCUGUGAGACCGACGGCGCGUCACUCAAGAACGCCGAGUGCAACAAGUCAAUCCGACGAACGCAGCAGACCGCCGCCUGCGCGGAUGAGCGGUCUGAGCAUUCCUCAACCGCAGCAGGAACGUACCAGCACCCCUCCCGAGCCAGACACAAGAAUUCCUCGGACGAGGCCGAAAGACAUUGUUGUCCAGCCGCCUGAAACUCAGGCGGGAGCAUCAGCUCGAGCCAUGGGGAGCCUUAUGGAGUCGCCUGUCAUAACCGUGGCCCCCUAUAAACCGCGGUCCCCUUUAUUUGAGGAACCCAGCAUCACGUGCGACAGAUGCGCAAAGGAGGAUAUACAGUAUGAGCUUCAUUACAACUGCGCCAAAUGCCAUGACGGCCACUGGAACAUCUGCCUCACCUGUUACAGGCUAGGCAAGGGCUGCCUUCAUUGGUUCGGGUUCGGCUAUGGAGGAUUCAACAAGUGGGAAAGACAACGUAUCGUUCAGCCCUCACUGCCGGAGCCGCACAAGCUGUUGGCCAGCCGCUUUGUACAGCCGGCAGCCAUGAUCAGGUCUCCUGACAAUAACAAGCAAGCUUGGUCGAGCGAAGAUCCAUACGAGCGACUGCAAAGCGGGACGUUCUGUGCGUUAUGUCUUUCAUGGACGAACGACUGCUAUUGGCGGUGUGACACGUGCAACGAUGGCGACUGGGGCUUCUGCAAUGACUGCGUGAAUCAGGGUCGAUCGUGCACACAUGCCCUCCUCCCUCUGGUCCAUCAGCAGGUGGCCCAGCAAACUGUAUCUCCGCCCCCCAGUCCGCAUUCGCCCUCUCACCCAUCUUCAGCAACAAUGAUGGUCGGUCUCAACGCGACAAGCAUAGGGCCCUUUAAGGUUCUCACCUUCAUUACGACUUGCGACGUCUGCCGCAGCCCCAUUCCGCCGACCCAGAGCCGCCUUCACUGCUUUGAGUGCGUGAGUUCGCUUGUAUCCGAUUCUCGACCUGGAGACUACGACAUAUGUGAAGGCUGCUACGACGACCUAGUAAAUGACGGAGCCAUCAGUCCCGAGAACGGCUCUGCAGGCUGGCGACGCUGUCCUCAGGGGCAUCGCAUGGUCAUUGUGGGUUUUCAGGAGGGCAAGAGCGGACAGAAACGUUACGUUGUGCGAGACCUUGUUGGUGGGCGGAGACUGAGUGUGGAAGAUGUGCCAAACGACACAGAAAUGCAGCGUUGGAUAUGGUACGAAGCCGAUGCGAAACGUGAACGCCUUGUUGCCAGGGACGUUUCCCAGACUGCGACGCAGGGCUCGGCCUCGAGCGAGUUGUUCCCGCCCGAUGGUGGGUUUGGCUGGAAGGCUGUUGCGCGGUGGGCGUGGUAUCCUGCCGAAACUGCCACUGACGAGUUGAUGUUUCCCAAGGGCGCCGGGGUCUCAGAAAUUGAGGAUGCAAAUGGGGAGUGGUACCACGGCGUGUACAUGGGGAACAAGGGACUCUUCCCGGCCCCGUAUGUAGUCGUCCUCGAGGAGGGUAGUACCAGGAAUGUCUGA